GAGUCCAGCAGAGGAAGGAGCAGGAUGCGGAGGUGCAGAAGAAGGCAAAGGAGUGCGGGCGAAGCGUGCUCAGGGUCUCCCCGGACCAGGGAUCAGACGUGUACCUCCUCAGGAAGAUGGUAGAGGAAGUGUUUGAUGUGCUUUAUAGUGAGGCCGUGGGGAGGAGCAGUGUGGUCCCUUUGCCGUACGAGAGGUUCCUGAAAGAGCCGGGCUCGUUGGCGGUUGCUGGCUUGCCCGAGGGGAUCAGCUUCAAGAAACCCAUGGAAUACGACGUGAAGUCCCUGAUGGCCAUCUUAGAGCACAGCCACAGCAUCCGCUUCAGGCUAAAAAGGCCGGCGGACGAGCCCAGCCGAGAGCCAAACCCCAGCAUCGAGUUGACUUGUACCUCCCUCGCCUCCAAGGGUGGCCGUGACUCUGCUGCCAACGGCCUCAUGGCCAAACCCGCCGGCCAGGACACCCCCUCUGCCGUCACCGUCACCAACUUCUUAUACGGCGUCUCGCUGCCGACCCAGAUCGCCGUCGACCUAAAGCAAGAGGUGUCCUCCGGCCUGCCCGGGCCGAACGCGAGUGGCGAGGCACUGCUGCCCAGGCCUGCGGGAGAGCUGAAGGUGCCUUCCUCACAGGAGUACAGCGACUGCUGUGGACAGAAAUCGUCGGUCUCUGGAGGUCCCCUCAUCCAGAACGUGCACUCGUCCAAGCGCAUCCUCUUCUCCAUCGUCCAUGACAAGACAGAUAAGUGGGACAGUUUUAUAAAAGAAACUGAAGAUAUCAACACCCUUAGGGAGUGCGUGCAAAUUCUGUUUAACAGCAGAUAUGCUGAAGCCUUGGGGUUAGACCACAUGGUCCCCGUCCCGUACCGGAAGAUUGCCUGCGACCCCGAGGCAGUGGAAAUCAUCGGCAUCCCGGACAAAAUACCCUUCAAAAGACCUUGCACUUAUGGCGUCCCCAAACUCAAGCGGAUACUGGAGGAGAGGCACAACAUCCAUUUUGUCAUCAAAAGGAUGUUUGACGAGAGGAUUUUUACAGGAAGCAAAUUUACCAAAGAUCCAACCAAGCUGGAGCCCUCCAGCCCCCCCGGGGAGAUCUCCCCCGAGCCGCACCGCGGGGCCGUGCUGGACCUGGCAGGGACCUCGCAGGCCAACAGCAGGUCCGAGAAGUGUAGCGUUUCUGAAAGCUGUGAACCAGGUACCUCAGGCGAGCUGGGUGGGAUCAGGCAGAUCAAAAUUGAGCCGGACGAGCUGGACAUCAUCCAGAUCACCGUGCCAGACCGAUCGCCCGGUUUGGAUGAGAUGCACGACCCGGUGUCCACACACAUGGCCUCGGAGGAGUCGAACUACAUCCUAGAAACAGUAGCAGGGACAGAGAAGGGGUCCAGCGAGGAGUCGCGACACGAGGAAAAGCAAAUGGAGGGAUCAGAUGGUAUAGGGGACGUUUUAAGUCACUUGAGGAAACAAGUUGAAAUUUUGUUCAACACGAGAUACGCGAAAGCCAUAGGAAUAUCGGAGCCGGUCAAAGUUCCCUACUCCAAGUUCCUGAUGUACCCCGAGGACCUCUUCGUUGUGGGCUUGCCGGAGGGCAUCCUGCUGCGGCGCCCCAACUGCUUCGGGAUUGCGAAGCUAAAGAAGAUCCUGCAAGCGAGCAACAACAUCCAGUUUGUCAUUAAAAGACCGGAGCUGCUGGCGGAGGGCGCAAAGGAGCCUGCAUCGGACAGCCGGGCAGCCAAAGCUGCCGGUGAAAGGGACUCGAGCGAGGCGCUGCUGGAGGACGCUGUGAAGAGACAGGGCUUUCAAGAAAAUUAUGAUGCCAGGCUUUCCAGAAUAGACAUCGCUAACACGCUACGGGAACAAGUCCAGGACCUGUUCAAUAAGAAAUACGGUGAGGCCUUGGGGAUUAAAUACCCCGUGCAAGUGCCAUACAAGCGGAUCAAGAGCAAUCCGGGGUCGGUGAUUAUAGAGGGGCUGCCCCCCGGGAUCCCCUUCAGGAAACCGUGCACCUUCGGCUCACAGAACCUGGAGAGGAUAUUGGCUGUCGCCGAUAAAAUCAAGUUCACCGUGACGAGGCCUUUUCAAGGACUCAUCCCCAAACCCGCCCCUAGACGGAUAACAUCAUUGGAAAAAGCCUACGCUGCCUUGAAUGAUGAGGAUGAUGCCAACAGGCUCGGAGAGAAGGUGAUUCUCCGAGAGCAAGUCAAAGAGCUUUUCAAUGAAAAAUACGGUGAGUCUCCCAUCUGCACGCAUUGCCAAGCCA